ACUGAAACGUCUCACCGCGAUACUUGUGCGUGUUGAAAGGUCGAUGGGUAGGAAACAAAGUAUCUGGCAUUGUGGUGAAAGGAAAGUUCGAAAGACACCUCUCAACGUCUGUUGGAAUCUUAUCCAACCUUUACUGUUCUUAUUACCGCCAGUGCUGACAAUUACACGGACAAAAACAGCUGCUUGUCAAAUCUGCGCUCGCUCCUAACACAUAACGUUAGUGCCGUCCCCUUCACUUAACUUAGCAUAACUCGCUCAUUUCUAACAUUCAGUCGCGUAGUAACGUCGGUAGCUAACGUUAGUUAGUUCGAACAGGUUCGAAAAGCCGAGGGGCCAGGAUGAAAGAGGAUUAUUUGUGAGGAACGACCCACAUCCACGUGCCAUGUCUCUGGUUUUCCCACGACCCAACACCAACGCAGUCCACAGCAAGAAGGAUAAGAGACUGAUGGCGGAAGUGAACGCAUCACCGCUCAAGCACUUUGUUACAGCAAAGAAGAAGAUCAACGGGAUCUUUGAACAGCUGGGGGCCUACAUCAGGGAGAGCGCAACUUUUCUGGAAGAUACUUACAAAAAUGAUGAGCUGGACCCGGUCACCACAGAGGAGCAGGUCCAGGAGGUCCGGGGUUACCUAGCCAAGGUGGCAGGGAUUGGAGAAGUGCUCGCCCGCAGGCAUAUGAAGGUGGUCUUCUUUGGCAGGACAAGUAACGGGAAGAGCUCAGUGAUCAAUGCCAUGCUGUGUGACAAGGUGCUGCCGUCUGGAAUAGGACACACCACCAACUGCUUCCUGAGAGUGGAAGGCACCGAUGGCAAUGAGGCCUUCCUCCUCACUGAAGGUUCUGAGGAGAGGAAAAGCAUAAAGACGGUGAACCAGCUGGCUCAUGCUCUUCACCAGGAUGAGGACCUGGAUGCCGGCAGUUUGGUCUGUGUCAUGUGGCCUAAAGCCAAAUGUGCUCUGCUUAGAGACGAUCUGGUGUUGGUGGACAGCCCAGGCAUUGACGUUACCACAGAACUGGACAGCUGGAUCGACAAGUUCUGCCUUGAUGCUGAUGUGUUUGUUCUGGUGGCCAACUCCGAGUCCACGCUGAUGCAGACGGAAAAGUCCUUCUUUCACAAGGUCAAUGAGCGGCUCUCCAGUCCCAACAUCUUCAUCCUCAACAACCGCUGGGACGCCUCAGCGUCCGGAGGCAGCAUAUGGACCGAUGCACCAAUUUUCUGGUGGAUGAGCUGGGCGUUGUAGACCGAGCCCAGGCCAGUGACCGCAUCUUCUUCGUGUCUGCCAAGGAAGUACUCCAGGCCCGUGGGCAGAAGGCUCAGGGAAUGCCUGAAGCAGGUGGCGCUCUUGCAGAGGGGUUUCAAGCCAGAAUGUUUGAGUUCCAGAACUUUGAGAGGCGAUUUGAGGAGUGUAUCUCACAGUCAGCAGUGAAGACCAAGUUUGAGCAGCACACAGUGAGGGCCAAACAGAUCUCUGAAGCCCUGCGCCGCAUUAUGGAUUCUGUACACAUCGCUGCACAAGAGCAGAGGGUCUACUGCCUUGAGACCAAAGAAGACCGUCAGGACAGAUUGGAGUUUAUAGACAAGCAGUUGGACCUGUUGACUAUGGACAGUAAGGCCAAGAUCAAGAGCAUUACUGAGGAGGUGGAGAAACAGGUGUCUAACGCCAUGGCAGAGGAGAUCAGGAAGCUCCAUGUGCUGGUGGAUGACUUCCACAUGGACUUCCACCCGUCACAAGUGGUGCUCAAGGUCUACAAGAACGAGCUCCACCGGCACAUAGAGGAGGGUCUGGGUAAGAACAUGUCAGAGAGAUGCUCCACCUCCAUCACCAGUGCCCUGCAGGCUACACAGACCGACAUGAUCGAUGGUCUAAAGCCUCUGCUGCCCAGCCCGGUCAGAGAGCAGGUAGACAAGUUGGUUCCUCGUCAGUGCUUCAGCCUCAGCUAUGACCUGGCCUGUGACAAGUUGUGCAGUGACUUUCAGGAGGACAUCAGCUUCCACUUCUCUCUGGGCUGGACCAUGCUGGUCAACCGCUUCCUGGGGCCCAAGAACACCCGGCGGGCCCUCAUGGGCUACAAUGAACAGAUCUGGAAGGCAGUGGGCUGGCGCCUGAUCGCCCUGUCAGUGGGUUUGUAUGGGCUCCUCUACAUCUAUGAGCGCCUUACCUGGACCACGAAGGCCAAGGAGAGAGCCUUCAAGAGACAGUUUGUGGACUACGCCAGUGAGAAGCUGCAGCUCAUUGUCAGCUACACUGGAUCCAACUGCAGCCACCAAGUCCAGCAGGAGUUGGCAGGGGUGUUUGCUCAGCUCUGCCAGCAGGUAGAUGUCACUCGCCAGAACCUGGAGGACGAGAUCACAGACAUGAACCGCAAGAUCGAGCUGCUGGACAGCCUGCAGAGCAAGGCUAAGCUGCUGCGGAACAAGGCGGGCUGGCUGGACAGCGAGCUCAACAUGUUUACCCAGCAGUACCUUCACCACAGCAAGUAACGCAGACACUUGAGAGACUAACUCCCACCUGAGGAACAUUUGGUACAACAGAGUUCUCAGCACAACAGGAGAAACCGAUGUCUGGUAUGAGGGGGCAGAGUUACUGGGUGGUUGUGAUUUGGAUAUGUGGACAUGAGCUCAGGGUGGAGUCCUGUGGUCAGCUUGGGACUAAAAUAAAAUGUACAAACAGGAUUGGCCAUUAAAUAGAAGUCUCAACACAAAAAAAGGUUUAAGCAUGGACUGGAGAACUGAUGCUCAUUCCUGUCUAUUUAGCACUUGUUGUUCAGUUGUGGUGAUGCCUGAUAGAGCUGACUCCAGAACAGCAGUACAGUCUGAGCUCUCCCUGUAUCCUCAUCAGCACUGUUGAGUGAGCUUUUGUCAGAAACGCCACACUGUCCUUUAAAUUAGGUUCAAGCUGCCACAUUGAACUAGUGUAGAUUUGAUUUUGUAUAUACAUUGUGAACACUGGACAAGUGCCAUGCUGAAGUAAAAGGCAGUCCGCACGAGGGAAUGAAGAAAGUGUCUUAUGUUAGUAGGAUGAUGCAAUGAACCGAAGACACAGUAAUUUAUUAUUAAAGAUUUAUUCCUCCAGUUGUAGCUUUUCCAGAGAAUAAAUCUCAGUUAAACAGCAAAGCAGAAAAUAUAAGAUUGCUUGUUUUGGUGUGUUAGUCCAUAUUUUUCCAUGUGCAAAGCCAAACAUACAAUGUCUCAGUCAAUCCUCACAGAUAUAGUUUGUUUCUAUAAGAAAGGGUGCAUUUAAUGGACUAUAGCAGCAACCAUUGAGCUCUAUGGCACAGAGGAAUAAGAUGCAUUCAGUGCUUGUUAGUGGAUACAUUCAGUGUCGGUUUGAGACAAAUAUUGAAUAACACCAGACUGAUUCUUUAACUGGAUCCUUCUGUAAAAGAUUUUAUUCAGUUGCUGCAUUUAGCAUUUCUACGCAAAAAGAUUAGGACCAAAAUCCAAAAAUAAUUCUCAUUUUAAUCUCAUAAUUUGAGUCUGCAUUCUAACUUUAAAAACAUUCUCCAAAUGUUAUAAUAGUACUUAAAGCAUCCCUGAAUCUCCAGAGCCUGUCUGAUAAAUCUAUCUAGAACUGGUGUUUGUUUUUGUCCAUUCUGGGCUACUGUAGAAACACAGCAGUUCUCAUGUUCAGGAGACUAUACACUACUGAAAACAUUUCUUUCAAUAUAUCCUCCUCAAUGUUACACACUGUUGUGGCACUAAAAUGAUAUGAUAUGUAUGAGGUCAUUUAUAAGCAGUGUGUCCACCAGGGAGCGCUGGAGUUUAAAAUGUCCCACUCAGCACAUAUCUUUAAUAACCAAAUUUCAGUGAUUCUUAUCAAGAAAUAUUUACUUUACAUUUACAUAAAGUGACUCAGGUCAUGUAUCGGUAUCACUUUUGGGAAACCCAAUAUCAGAAUGAGCCUAUAAAAUCAAUGGACAUGUUGGAAACAGAAUCAGGGUGUGCUACUUUAUUUUCAGCUUUCAGAGCUCAGAACUUCUUCCAUGCAGUCCUAAUAGACUUCCACACAUAUGGAAUGAAACCUCCUUCACCCAAACCACAUUUUUAGAGAAAAAUGUUUUUAACGUCAGUGCUGUCAAUGGCUACCGCAGUGUCUUGUGUAUAUCUUCUAUCUUGUGUGCGUUUAACAUUAUUGUCUUGCACUGAAUGCAUAUGUGGGCGGGCUCUCUCACUGCUUCUGUCAAUAUCACACAUGGUUUGACUUGAAAAGGAAGAUGUAGGGAUCUGGAUAUGAUGGGGAUAUGGAAGGGUACGUUUGGUUUCUAAAAUGUGUAUACAAUAUAAUUUAAUAAAUUGCCUUGAAUUGGAAACAAUGGGAAACCACUGAACGAGACGAAUGAGCCUGGAUUUGUCCAGUGUUUAAAAGUGGUGGUUGAUCAGGCCGUGCUGUAAAUGCAAGCUAUACACUGUGUUUCCAAGUGAGCAGGAAGGCUGCUGUACAAAACUUCCUUCAGAGUGAGAACUUGCACUUUAUCAAUUUGCUGCUUUUGGAUUUCUUUUAUUUCUUUUUAGAUAAAGGGUGUUUUCCCCAAAUUGUAAACCACAAUGUAGUUGUGUUUGGCUUUAGGAAGGGUAAAAUACCUGCAUGAAGUGGCUGUUGUAGUCGUCCUGUUAAAAUGUUCAAAUGUGUAUGUAUGUAAAAAAUAAAAAAUAAAGGUGACCCAAUGCUAAAAAAGUUUA